ACACACGACUUCAGUUGAGAUUUGAAAACCCCAGCGACGGCUUGAAAGAGGAACAUGGGAUGGGAAUGUCACAUAUACCGGAAGCUCAGGUACUCCUCCAACCCUAAUUGUAUCAAUCCUCUUCUGUAUCAAUCUCAGAUUCUUCAUCUCUGUUCCUCUCCUAAGACCCUAAAUUUUUCUGGAGAUUCUUGCUCUUGUGAAUCCUGUGUUCGAAGCAAUUGCAGUCGUAAAUUUGAUGCCGACGGCAGUGAUUAUUUUUCGCGCAUUCUUUGCAGAAAGGAUCCAAAUUUGAAUAGAUCAAGUUCAAUCUCUUCUCUGAAUCUAACAUUUUUAUUAUAUCUACGUCCAGAAAAUGGAGUGUGCAGUAGAAAUGCCAACUCUGGAAUCAGUGGUAGAUACUUUGUCUCUAAGCUUGCAGAUCUGGGUCCCGUUAGUAGUGCUUCCCGAUCGUUUUCCACGUCUUCUAUAGGCGUUUCUCCUUCACAGGAGCCACUGGAAAGUUCAAUUUCUAGUGAAACUCAUAGUCUAGCGGAGUGUUGGAUAGGUGCUCGUGGUAAGUCCCAAGUGAGUAGAAAAAACUUUGAUCGUCAAACAAGUAGAGGAAAUGUCAAGCGUCAACCAACUAGAUGGAAACCGAGCCAAGAAGUGAUCGAAAUUGUUGAGUUGGUUAAACGAGGGGAAGACCAUAUGAAAUCGAAGCUCAGUCAGAGGAGUGGAAAAAUAUCCCCUACAUUGCUUUGUGAGGUUCUCGAGGUCUUGAACUCAAAUAGAGUUCCGGCUCUACAUUUCUUCAAUUGGGUUAGAGAUGCUCAGCCUGAAAUGAACUGUAAUUCUCAAAUUUGGAGCCUGAUUAUUUCUAAUCUUGGUGGCUUGAAAAACUAUGAUUCUAUGCUUCUUUUGUUGAAAGUUCUUUCAGAGAAGAGGAUUUGUCUCACAGAAAGGGCAUUUGGGUUUCUGCCUGUUUUUCGGAAGGAUAGGGCUUCAGUUAGGAGCUCUGUCAAAAGAGUGAUAGAUAUAUUAACUGAAGUUGGAGGCUCAUGUUGUCGGUCUGGCACUUAUGCCCUGAUUAAGAAGCUAUGUACUUCGAAUGCCUUUGACAUGGCAACCUUUGUGAUGGAGGAGACAGCUAAGAAGACAUCUUAUUACAACAUCAUGAUUUGGGCUAAGUGUAGAAGUGGCAAUUUUCAAGCAGCACUGGAUAUACUAGAUCAGAUUAGGAAUUUUGGUUGUGACCCAAAUGCCAACUCUUAUAAUUACUUGCUCGGUGGGCUCUGCAAGAAUGGAAGUAUUGUUGAGGCUUGCAAUCUGCUUAAUGCAAUGGAAGAAUCGGGUUAUAUUCGAGAUCCUGUAACCUUUGAAGUGCUUGUGUAUCAUGCAUGUAGACUUCAAAGGUUGGAUUUUGCAAUAGAGUUCCUUAAUCAGAUGAUGUUGUGUGGUCUGGAACCUCGUCUCACGACACAUGCUGCCUUCAUCAAAGGCUACUUUAAUGAUGAAAGAUUCCAGGAGGCUCAUAGAUAUGUCGUGGAUAUGAGUAACAGGUACAAAUCUUCUGCCAAUGAGAGUUACAGCCUGCUCGCAAGCCUUCAUCAGCAGAAAGGGUACGUUGUUGAAGCCCGAGAGAUUCUCGUUGAAAUGAUUGAGAAGGGUCUGAAGCCCAACUUUCCCAUUUUCAAGAAAGUAAAGAAGGAUCUUUCUAAGUUACGGAUGGCAGAUUUGGCUGCAGAUUUAGAGAGCAGAUUCUCAAAGUUCCAGUCCAGAACAAAAACUGGUUAAAUCUGUUCUCGGGAGAGUAGUAUGUUCUUAUCUACCUAUCAGCCAAUUGGUUGGUAUCAAUUAGGCUUUCCAGGAAUACAUGCUGGUGAAUGAAGCAAUUUCUCUUCAAAUGGUUGGAUUGACAUUCUGGUGAGUUAGAUGAGUUUGCUAUUGCAAUAAUCUGGAAAAUUCAUUUUCCUCUACUUCUGCUAUUUGUUUGCUCAUCAAAUUGGUUCUUCUGUUGUUGUCAGUAGAAAAUAGGUAACUGAAUACCAGUAUUUGUUAAAUUGAGUAUUUAAUCUGGUGGCCAUUUUUGUGAUAAAAAUUGAAGGCUAUCAGUUAGUUAUAAGAUUGUUCUCCCCUUUGUAUUUAA